AUGAGCGUAAACUACAGGAGGCGAAUUGACCGUUGGCAAGAUGAGGAUGAUUGGCUGUGCUUUUCAUCUGAGUCAGACGGAGACGAGCAACGUCGGAAAUAUUACCAUUUGGAUUCUCAAUUAGGACUGUGGCCUCUGCUCACAUGGUCAGAACGGGUGCGAACUGAUACAGAUCCCGUCGCCACUAAAAAUAGCACGAAAUAUCAAAAGCCGUUAAACCCGUUGUAUACUUGGUGGCAGGACGCGAUAAAAAUAUUGGAUUCGGACUUGGAGGACCGACUUCGGGCCGAACCACACAUUUCCGAGGAGCUAUGGUGGUCAUUUGCAAUAGGUACGAAGAAACUUUUAUUGAAGGUUCUUUGUUUGAUAAAUGAGUAUCAGAGAUGGGAAAGAAGGAAAAUUCUUUCGAUACAAUUGAUGCGGGAUGGCACAGAGCAAGCGUCUCGAUGUCCACCCACUGCAUGGGUUUUGGAAAUAGAAUCCUUCAAGCUGAGACUUAAUCAUCUUUAUCAUACAUCAAUAGGUGAUUGGGAUUGCCUGGGCUCUGAGCGUCUUAGGAAAUACUACGAAGAAUUUUUGGAGCUUCUCAAAAAUACAAAUGAAAGAUAUCUCGAGCUGUUAAAGACACUUUAUGCAAACGAAUUCCAGGGCGUGUGGUAUACGUACGCCAUUAAGAAUAAGUACGGGUUCCCAGUAUUGAGAAUGUUCCGAAACAGAAUCUUCCGAGACAGACUUUUCUUCCUCAAUUGUCCCUUGAUUUUCUUCUCCACAUUGGUAUUCAACUACUGGUGUCUUGAUAAUAGUAUUUAUUAUCCUAUCUAUUUGACACUGGGAUUGUUCGGAUUACUAUUUGUGUUGCUUUGUCUCUCGUUCUCAACGGGCCAAGUCUACUUUCAUCUUAAUAAUCUCUAUCCACUGAGAAGAGACAGGCUACAUGAGAUAGUCAGUCUUAUGGAGAAAGCUCAGCUAGACUGGCCGCAAUACUACUUUCCAGAGAGAAGGUACAUGAGAUAG